AUGAGUUGGAGCUUUCUGACCCGCCUGUUAGAGGAGAUCCAGAACCACUCGACCUUCGUGGGCAAAAUCUGGCUGACAGUGCUGAUUGUGUUUCGGAUCGUCCUCAUUGCUGUGGGAGGAGAAUCCAUCUACUACGAUGAGCAGAGCAAGUUCGUGUGCAACACGGAGCAGCCUGGCUGCGAGAACGUCUGCUACGACGCCUUCGCCCCCCUCUCGCACGUCAGGUUCUGGGUCUUCCAGAUCAUCCUGGUGGCCACUCCCUCCGUGCUCUACCUGGGCUAUGCCAUCCACAAGAUCGCCCGGAGCGUGGGGCGCGGCGAGGCCGCCAGGAGGGUCGGGAGGAGGAGUUUGCCCGUGCACUGGAAGCAGCACCGCGGCCUGGAGGAGGCUGAGGGCGACCACGAGGAGGACCCGAUGAUGUACCCGGAGCUGGAGGUGGAGAGCGUGGAGGAGAGCAAGGAGAAGCAGAGCCCUGCCGAGCCCAGGCACGACGGCCGGCGGCAGAUCCGCGCGGACGGGCUGCUGCGGAUCUACGUGCUGCAGCUGCUGGCCAGGGCCACGAUGGAGGUUGGCUUCCUGGUGGGGCAGCUGCUGAACGUCUGGGAGAUGCUCCACCUGGGCUUCGGCACCAUCCGGGACAUGCUGAACAGCAGGAGGAAGGAGCUGGUGGAGCCCGGUCCCUUCAGUUACCCCUUCACCUGGAACACGCCGUCGGCGCCGCCGGGGUACAACAUCGCGCUGAGGCCGGAGCAGGUGCCGUGCACGGAGCUGUCCAACGCCAGGAUGGCCUACAGGCAGAACAAAGCCAACAUAGCCCAGGAGCAGCAGUACGGCAGCACCGAGGGCAACAUUCCCACCGACCUGGAGAUCCUGCAGAGGGAGAUCAAAGUGGCUCAGGACCGCCUGGACCUCGCCAUCCAGGCCUACAACAACCAAAACAACCCCGGCGGCUCCAGAGGGAAGAAGCCCAAAGCAGGCUCGAACAAGAGCAGUGGCAGCAGCAAGUCGGGGGACGGCAAGAACUCUGUCUGGAUUUAG